AUGUUAUUGGAGAUACAGGAAGCAGAAGAGUAUAGAAAAAGGGACCAAGAGCUGAAACAGCGAAGUGGGGCAAGGAAUGAGCUUGAAGAUUACGCGUACAGCGUGAAAGAAGAAGUGCGUCAAAAAAAUCACACAGAACCACAAAGAGAAUCUAUAAUGAGCAAAGUGACUGAAAUUCUCCAAUGGUUGGAUAUAAACCAGACAGAACCUCCAGAAAUGUCUGAAUUGGAAGCGAAAAAAGGGGAAUUGGAGAGAUUAGUUAAAUAAGUUGAUAGAGAUGCUGAAAUUGUUGAUAUUUUGCAGAAAAUAUUCCACGAUUUUGCAUAUGUAUAUACUAUAAAAGUCGUUGAAUAAUCUUCAUAACAAGCCUGGCGGGCAUUCCGAAGCAAGUUAAUUGAAUACGCACACGAUUAAAUAUAUAUCAUAUAUUUCGUUUUUUCAAUUGUUGUUGAGACAAAAUGUUAUUGAAUUACAGCAAUCUUUACUUUUAAAAUUUUAAAACGACCCUGUUGCCUGCAGUGCUAUAAUUUUUUUUUAAAUAUAUUACGAGCUGAAAAUUCGUUGAUUAACCCAAUUUCAUGAUCGCAAUUGCGCCAGAAAUUUAAUUUUUAGCUGGAUGACUUUUACCAGGUUGUGCUAACAAACCUUUCAUAGCAGUUUUAUUGUUUGCUUAUUUUUUUUACUAAACUUCAAGUAGCGUAGCUGAGUUUGCUCCUUAUCAUUAUAUGACCGUUAGUGUAGCUUUUGGAAAAAAAAAACUAUUUUUUAAUUCAAAGUUUUGUAUAUUGAGAUUUGAGCCUUUGGCCCAGUAUAUCCGUUGGCCCACUCAGAAAAAUAUUUGUCCAGUUGUUUAAUUUGCUUGAACAUUGCAAAUAAAAUAAUCCGUUGAAUGCAACAUAUUUCAACACUUUGAGAAACUUCUCAGAAGAUGGUAUUUAUUUUGAGAUAGGCGG